AUGUCGACAGGAGAGGCCUUGGUCGAUCUCUCGCUAUUCUCAGCCUCCCCAACAGACGACCGGCAAUUUGCCGUUCACGGACGUUCUGAUGAUUAUGAUUUACUAGGGCUCAUUCAGGAGCCCUUUCAACCUACCAGAGAAUUCUACGCUCCCAGAGCUCCACUGCAAGCACUGAGUGAGCAAUCAACUUCGAAGCCGCUACCCCGACUUCCACCCAGAACAAUAUGUGGGGCUAUUCAGAUCCCCAGAGAGCGUGAAGGUGGCUGCGUCUUGCAUCGAAUGAAGCGGAAGAGGACGAAUGAGUCUCCAGGCACUCCUGAUUUGAGCUUGCCACAACGGCGUAAUAUUCAGUCUCCACCGCAGCUAACACUGUCUAUUGCUGGGCGUUCGGUCACUGAACGAGGCCCCGCAUCAGAGCUAGUCUGGAUGCCUGAGGAACAGAUGUGGCUCUUGUUGGGGGAGGAAGGGGGAGUGGGGAAUCGAGAGCCUGAAAGGGGCCCAGUCCCACAUCAGGAGAGUACUCAACAUAUUCCACAACCGCAAAGGUCACGAUCAGAGCCGGCUACCAGUGCUCAAUCCCAAUGGCGAAUUACUCCACCUCUGUCUCCCGUGCAGACACAAUUGCAACGACUUAUGCAGCAACCAAGAGAUGAGGAGCGACUAUCCCCACUAUUUCAGGAAGCAAUGAAUUCCGUUCCUAUGGAAGACUUGUUCGACUCCCCACCGGCUUAUGAGACUGUUCAUAACAAUAGAUCCGCUCUAUCUACGCCAGGCAUCUCUACAUUUGGGCGAGCAGAUGGAACAUCCACGGCCACAGCAGCGCCACGACCACCACAUGCUACAUCAUCAGAUUCACGAAGAGCGCCCUUGACAAGAGCUAUAAGCUUUGGCAGCACGUACACCACUGCAGCAUCCCAUCUUUCAUCGUCGGACAGUGCUAGUCUCUUCUCACGAUCCCAAUACGAUGGGGAUGUUCGUACUCCACUAAAGCCUGUCACCUCCAAGUUUGGUACUUGGACGCCAAAUAUGACGUCUAAUUAUACAACACAUAUUUGGAGCCCAAAUGCACCAAACAGCAGAAAGAACAUGUCAGAUGGCCAGGGAAAUGUGAUGGAUUUCCUAAAUUCCGAUCCGGCGGAAGGGAAAUCAAAAUCCUGGCAUGGCUUUGCGAGGAAAUUCACAAGACCUAAGUCUGCUGCUUGA